CUGCUUUCCUUUCAUUUCUUUCCAGAGGUGGUUGUUUUUCCCCCAUUUCCAAACUUUCUCCUGCAUAUACGUGGUUUUCUUUUGUUUUAUGAUGUUGUGAUGUGGUAUCGAGGUUUAAAAGCAUAAAGUUGGAAGCUUUUGUGUGGCUUAAGGUUUAAUGACGUUGUUCAUGCUUGGUUCGGCUAUUUAUGAGUAAUCAAUUUGGUGAUUUUAAUUUUGGUAGUACAUGUGUAUCUUAGUCUUAAAGUUUUGCUUUUUGAAGUUGGAUUUUUCUGAUCACCAGUAGUCGAUUUAAAUCCUGAACAUGUCAUAUUUCUUUUUGUUAUGCCAAGGUCAUAUUUUGUCAUAACUGGAAUUACUUCAGGUUGAUUUAAGAGCUUGUCCAAAUCAUCCCAGUAAGGAGAGCCUGUUAAACGUGCGAGUAUUAGUAUGAGUUUGAGGUCCAGAAGAAUGUUAACAAGGGGAUGAGAUCCUUAUCGGAGGAUUAUUUAGGGGAAAUGGAGUCUUGACAUGAAACUGUAUGGGAGAGAGAGAAGGGCGUUUCUAGUGCAAGCUUAUCAUUGUUUUGAUGAAGUGGUAAUUUAUGCCUUUUUCCAACGGCAGGAACAUAAGGGUUCAAUCUUUGACUUUCACGGGUUAAUAGUGAAAGAUGGUCACAGUCAACUGGUUAUUUUGAUGGCCGGGUGAUGUCUAACUUAGAUGAAGAGGUUAUUGAAAUCAAUUCAGCUUUGAAGAGUAAAGAGGGACGAAGUGUCCAAAUGGAGAAGAAUGAAGAGUCAGGUAGCCCUGGAUGGAGUGCUUCGUUCUUCAUGCAGACAACUGAAGAUGUUGCAAGAGCAGUUGCUGCUGCUGCAGCAGCAGCAGUUGCUGCACGAUCCCCACGCCCCUCGGUAGUAUAUUCAUCGAAGGACGAUAGCAGUAGCCAGCUUCAGAAACUUCAGAAUCAAGUGUCUAGAUUACUGAAAGGCUUGUCUAGCCCUCCUGAAGUGAAAAGUGGACCUUACAACCCUGAAGUACUAACUAGCCAAAAACGUCAAUGGGCAAGCUUUCAGUUGCAGUCCCUGGACCACAAAAUUUGGAAAGAGCCAUCCAGACUUUUUGAGAGCAUGGUAGUUGUUGGACUCCAUCCUAAUUGUGACAUUCAAGCUCUUCAGAAGCUUUACUUUGGUAGAAAGUCUGAAGGUUCAGGAAGAUUUCGUACUGCACUAAAUGGUCAGAAUCAAUCUCGUAUUGAACCGAACCUGGAGCCUCAGGUUUUAUUUGUUUAUCCACCAGAGAAACAGCUGCCAUUGAAAUACAAGGAUCUUCUCUCGUUCUGCUUUCCUGCAGGAGUUGAGGUUCAUGCAAUUGAGAGAACUCCUUCGAUGAGUGAGUUGAAUGAGAUACUUCUGGGCCAAGAACACCUCAAACAGAGUGACUUGUCUUUCGUGUUCCGACUGCAGGUGGCUGAUGACUCAACGCUGUAUGGUUGUUGUGUUUUGGUUGAAGAGAUAGUACAGAAGCCGUCUGGAUUGAUUUCCAUGAUUUCAGACGGGCAGCCUUGUCAUUUGGGGUUGAGCCGCCAUAUUCUAACCACAAAACGCUGUUAUUGCAUUCUUUCAAGACUUCCAUUUUACGAGCUGCACUUUGGUGUGUUGAACAGCAUUUUCACCGAAGAAAGGUUGGAACGGUUAACCAGAAAUAUUGGUGAUCUAGAGCUGGAGUUACCUGUGGGCUGUGAUAAAGAAGACAACUCUGAAGAAGAAUCUGGGAGCAUUUCAUUGGAAGACAGGGCACAAUGUAUACACAAUGGAACUGCAGAAUCUUCAGAGUCAAGUUUGAGUGAUUCUCUACCAGGAAGAGUCACAGAUGAUAGUUGUCAUUUGGAGCAUCAAAUUUCAGAGGGGGACAUUUUCACAUCAAAGAGAACUGGUGAUGGUUCUGCUGUUGCUGCAUUGGAUCCUGAUAUGGAGAAAUGCCAUGCUAAAGCAGAAACUCUAGUUGGAUCUCAGAUUUCUGAAGUCUGUGAUGUAUCUGUUGAUGAUUUUGUAAUUAAUAAACAAUCUGUAGAGAAGCGCUUACCCAAUGCGGUGUUGCCCCUUCUUCGUUAUCAACAGUAUGAAAGCUCUGAAUCUUCCUCUAGUUUCCAGGGCUCUCCGGGUGAAGGCAGACAUUUUAGAAGUGAUGUUGAUGAUGUAGAAGUGGAAGAGCCAUCCUUCUCUGGCCAGGAUGUUUGCAAUGAGCAUGAUGAUAUCCUUGAGUGGGCUAAGGCCAAUGAUCAUGGUUCUUUACAAAUAAUAUGCGAAUAUUAUCGGCUACAUUGCCCUUCACGUGGUUCGACUAUUAAGUUUCACCCUCUGGAUCACCUACAUCCUUUAGAAUAUCAUAGAAUUGAUGAAACUGUUCUACAAAUUGCUGGAUCAACAAUUGAUCUGAAGUCAUGCACUACUAGUUUGGAAUUAGCAGAGGCUUAUUGUGCACUUAUGGCAGAGGAGGAAGCAAAUGCUUUAUCUGUAUGGGCUGUUGCAUGCUUAUGUGGCUCCUUGCGACUUGAGCAUGUGUUGACAUUAUUUGCUGGAGCCCUUUUGGAGAAGCAAGUCGCAGUUGUUUGUUCAAAUUUGGGUGUAUUGUCUGCUUCAGUUUUAUCAAUUAUACCCCUUAUUCGUCCUUAUCAGUGGCAGAGCUUGCUAAUGCCGGUUUUGCCAAAUGACAUGCUGGACUUUUUGGAUGCACCUGUGCCUUACAUAGUGGGUGUGAAGAACAAAACCACUGAGGUACAAUCGAAGUUGACAAACGUCAUUCUUGUUGAUAUGAACAAAAACCAGGUGAAGUCACCAACAAUGCCAACACUACCCCAAUAUAGGGAAUUGUAUUCAUCCUUAAGUCCUUAUCAUGCAAAACUUGUUGGAGAAAGUUAUUUGGGAAGGAAGAGGCCUAUUUAUGAAUGUACAGAUGCACAGGUUGAUGCUGCAAAGAGUUUCCUAUCAGUAUUGAGAGCUUAUCUAGAUUCUCUUUGCUCCAACCUUCGUUCUCACACAAUUACCAAUGUGCAAUCCAAUGAUGAUAAG